GGUUCGAUCCCCGCCGCCGGCGGUAGGAGAGGGCUCGGAUUGGGGGAGCAACGAUGGGGGGACCCCUGGGAUGAGGCGAGGUGGCGCCCCCCAGCUCCGCGGGCUGCAAGCCCCCCGCCCGCUCCAGCGAGCCGCUUUCCCGGCACCGCCGCAGCCUGACCCCUCCCCGGCUGGGGCUGGCGGUCCCCCCCCGGCUGGCGGGGCUGGCUCUGCCGGGCGGCCCGUGCUAUUGGCUGGCCGCUCGCCGCCCGCCCGUGUUAUUUUUCGAAUAUAAAUACGGGGCCCGGCGCUGGGGCGCGCUGACUCGGGCCAGGCGGAGCCGGAGAGAGCGACACGCGGGGGGCCCGGCUCAGCGCCCCGAGUCCUGCCCCGUCCCGCAGCGCCCGUCCCGCAGCGCCCGGCCCCGCACGCCCCGUCCCGCAGCGCUGAGCCGAGCCGAGCCGCUCUCCCGGGUCCCCGUAACAGCCCCGCUCCGCUCCGCAUGGACGGCCAGGACAUGCCGGGCGGCUCCAGCCCUGCCCGGAGCCGGAGCGCGGCGGUGCGACCGUCCCGGCUCCCCUGCGGCUUCCCCCGGGGGGGCAGCGGCCUCUUGCCGCCGGCGCCCGGGGUCCUGUCUCCGGUCACCAACCUGGCCCUCAAUCUGAACAACCUGGCCGGGCUGGGAAGUCCAUAUGACACCCCAAAGAGGAAGAAGCUGGAGAUCGGCUUCAAGAGCGAAUGGUCUUCGCUGUCGCAGGACUCCGUCUCGUCUGAGUCGUCGCAGGACUCCGGGUGGUCCGAGUCUUUGGAUUCAGGAGUUGGGCUGGAUUCCCCUGGACAGCUGGACCCAGAACCCUUUGAAGAAGUCUUCGAGAAAGCAAUUCUGGAAUCGGGAAGAGUUGUCAAAGGCAAAAGAUUCCCCGUCCGGAGGAUCCACUCCCUGCCGGAGAGGCUUCUGGGCACCAGCCCUGCCCUGAAAAACCUUUCCAACGCCCAGGAGUUCAGCAGCCCGGAGACACGCGAACGGCCCUCGCGCCGGAAAGAGAACAAGGAGAAUGCAGGGUUUGUAUUUAAGAUCCCGUUGAGGCCCACCAAUCACAGCCGGCUUCACCCCUUCGAUGGGAGCAGCGAGAAGGACCCUUUUGCACAGAGACCAAACUCCGCCCCGGACCUCCUGUGUGGCACCCCCGAGAAGGAGAACAUGGGGGUGGAAGCAGAGAGCCCAGUGUUCCUACGCCGCUCCUCCCUCACCUCCUUCGUGACUGACGAAGAGGACGAUGGGUUUAUGGAGAUCCUGGACGAGGAGGAGCUGAAGAACGAUGCGGACGUGCCGCCGGGGAUGGAGAACCUGCUGACUGCCCCACUGGUGAAAAAGGAAGGCGCUGAUCUGAGGUCGGUGAGACACAGCAAAUGUCGCCAGCUCUUCAGGUCCCCCUCCAUGCCCAGCAGCGUGAUCCGGCCCAUCCUGAAGCGGCUGGACAGGCCGCAGGACAAAGACACUCCGGUCAAAACCAAGAGGCGGAAGAGCGUAGCUGGCACCCCGAUCGAGGAGAAGGCGGAGGAGCCGAAAUCAAGGCUGUUGCGCUCCAGGUCCUUCUGCCAUGAUGAGAUCGAGAACAUCUUGGAUAACGAUCACCGAGAACUCAUCGGGGACUUCUCAAAGGCUUAUCUUCUACAGACUGUGGAAGGGAGACAUCAGGACUUGAAAUACAUCUCCCCAGAAAUGAUGGUGGCCGUGCUGAACGGCCACUUCAACAGCCUCAUUGAGAACUGUGUGAUCGUGGACUGCCGGUAUCCCUACGAAUAUGAAGGGGGUCACAUCAAGGGGGCUGUGAACCUGCCGCUGGAGCAGGACAUCGAGGACUUCCUGCUGAGGAACCCCAUCGUCCCGUUGGACGUGCAGAAGAGGGUGAUCGUGAUAUUCCACUGUGAAUUUUCUUCGGAGAGGGGUCCCAGAAUGUGCCGGUUUGUCAGGGAAAAAGAUCGGGCACGCAAUGAGUACCCCAACCUGCACUAUCCCGAACUGUACAUCUUGAAAGGAGGAUACAAAGACUUCUUCCCGCAGUACCAAGCACAUUGCGAACCCCGGGACUAUCGUCCCAUGCAUCACGAGGACUUCAAGGAGGACCUGCGGAAGUUCCGUCAGAAGAGCCGCACGUGGGCAGGAGAGAAGAGCAAGCGGGAGCUAUACAGCCGCCUCAAGAACUUCUAAAGGGGCCCGGGGACGCUGGGGCGGGGUGGGGGGGCCACAGGGCAACUGCCACAUGCAUUGAAGAGAGACUUGACACACCUUGCCGCAAGGCUGGGGCUGGUUCCCGAGGUGAGAACCGUUCUGCUGAGCCAGUUCUUUGGACACGGUUGGAGAUCCAUCUACUCCUUGGCCAGGAAGCCAUGGGACAGAGUAACACACGCACAUACCUCCCGUAACCGCACAUACCUCCCGUAACAACAGAACUGGGUGGCGCUCAAGGGCUUCCGAAUCCCCUGGGCUCGUUGCCGUCUCCAUGCUGUGAAACUCCUGCCGGGGGUAGGAUUUGUAGCUCUGAGGUUGACCCAGAUCCUCCAUGAAUGGGUGGUUGCACUGGACAUGGAAGCGAGGCUGGAUAUUUCAGGUACCAUGGAAGGGUCGGGUUGAAGCUGUCCAAGUCUGCGUGUUUCAAAUGGCGGCUGUUCUCUGACCUGAUUGGUGGGAUCAUCUUUCAGCGUCUGCAGUGGCACCUGCAUUGCCUUGAGGAGGUGAAAACCAGGACACCAUCGAGCAUCCACCAAUUGCUGCAAGAGGUGUGAGUGUUGCAUCAUGCCCCCCUGCAAGCUGUUCUGGGUGUGGAUGUGUGUCCACAAGCUGUUGUGCCUUCAGUCUCUUGAAAGGUUAAACAAAUCAAAUGCAAUCUGAAGCUGACGCGGGGGGAAGGCCGUGCUUGACUGAGAUCUUCAUUUCUGCCCAGUUCAGUCUUCUAGGGCCUCCUGGAGCCUCCUGGCCCUUGGGUGCAGCGUGGAUUGCUGUCUUAGCAAGGGAUGUUGUUUGUCCUUUUAAUCUUACAUGCGUUAUUGAAAUCAUGGCCAAGAGCGGGAAUGCUCCGGGGGCGGGGUGAGGAGGCUAAAAAGACAGGCCUCAGGGACUGGGGAAAAGCUCCAGGAUUUGCCACAUUCAGUGCUGAAAAAAGCUCUGCUCGACAGAGGAGCCCCAGUGCCUUUUCAAAUCCCAUCUCUUCCAGUCGUCAGGGCCGGAACCAAAGGCCCAUAUCCAGCUCCCUCUCAAGCCGGCUGCACACUUGUUUGGGCUUGGAGGGGAGACAGGUGGGGAAUUUCCAGCUCCCAGUGACAAAUCUUCCACAUCCCCUCGGCUCUGCCACUGGCAGAUCUUAGAACCAUCCCCUGCCGAUUGCCAGCUCACUUCCCCCCCUGCCCCCAUGUCAGCAGCCACCGUCUCCAACAGCUACAGCGACAACCCAGCACUAUAGAGCCCUGGCGUUCCCUAAAGCAUUCGCCUCUGAUUCUAGCCGUGAAUAAACCUGGCUGUUAACGUCCUUGGCAUCGAUUUAAGUGGAGAGCGACGGACGGGGGCUAGCGACCUUGCUGGGAGUGGCUCAGACCUCACGAUGA